GCGUGUCAAGUUGAUACCAGCCGGAGACAGAGGGCGCAUGCACAGCAAAUCUCUCUCUCUCUCUCUCUUCGCUUAAAACGUGGAGCUUCCGACACUUCCGUCUGCGACUCUGUCUUUCUUGGCAUCCCCCACUCUUUUCUCUCUCUCUCUCUCUCUCUCUCUAUAUGCCCGUACACAUACAUAUAUUUGUAUAAUUUUUGUUAGAGUGAUAGCCGGAGGUGGAUUCCGAUUGGCGGAACUUUGUCGGAGCUUUAUUUAAGUUGAUAUCCGGUCAAUCGUUGAUCAAGUUCAGCUCGUAAUCGUCGAAUCCUCGAGUUUGUUAUGAGAAUAUAUAACAACUGUGCUUGCCUAUGAGGGCAACAUUCAAAUCAUGGACAUGGCUGUUGAAGAGACUAUACAUAUUAUUUGAUGUGGGAUCAUGCAGAGUAAAGAUGAAACAGCUGCCGUUCAUGGGUGUUGUCUGUACAGUUAUGUUGUUCAUUGUAUAUAGAACCACAAAAUAUCAGUAUCAACAAACAGAGAUGGAGUCACGAUUGUAUCCUUUUGACACAUCAAAGGAAUCUGGCAUGGCUUUCACGAAUUUGAAUAGUUUGCCCCAUGGUAUCAUUGAAGCUAGAUCUGAUUUGGAGUUAAAGCCUCUAUGGUCAACAAGUAGUUCAAAUUCAAAGAUCAAUUUAUCCAGCCCUCAUAACUUGCUGGCAAUUCCAGUUGGAAUUAAACAGAAGGAUAACGUCGAUAUUAUGGUUCAAAAGUUUCUUUCAGAGAAUUUCACAAUUAUUUUAUUCCACUAUGAUGGCAAUGUGAACGGGUGGCGGGACCUUGAGUGGAGUAAGAAGGCCAUACAUAUUGUUGCUCUGAACCAAACAAAAUGGUGGUUUGCCAAACGUUUUCUACAUCCGGCUGUUGUAUCUAUUUAUGACUACCUAUUUCUCUGGGAUGAAGAUUUGGGGGUGGAGAAUUUUCACCCUGGAAGAUACUUGGAAAUUGUGAAAUCAGAAGGACUGGAGAUCUCUCAACCAGCUUUAGACCCAAAUUCCACUGGUAUACACCACAGGAUUACGAUACGUAGAAGAACAAAGAAAUUUCACAGAAGAGUCUAUGAUGUCAGAGGCAAUGUCAAGUGUUCAGAUACUAGUGAGGAGCCACCAUGCACUGGAUUUGUGGAAGGAAUGGCUCCGGUAUUUUCAAGAUCAGCUUGGCAUUGUGCUUGGCAUCUUAUACAGAAUGAUCUUGUCCAUGGCUGGGGAAUGGAUAUGAAACUUGGCUAUUGUGCACAGGGGAACCGGAUGAAGAACGUGGGAGUUAUUGAUAGUGAAUAUAUUGUUCAUCAGAGUAUACAAACUUUGGGUGGGUCAUCCGCAAGAAAGAAGCAGCAUGCUGUUGAUGUGCGAUCCGAGAUUAGGAGGCAAUCGACAUCAGAGCUUCAAAAAUUUAAAGAGCGUUGGGAAAAAGCCGCGAAGGAGGACAAAAAUUGGGUUGAUCCAUUCCGAAGCAGCCAAAGAUGGAAACAACGGCGCCAUCAAAGACAUCAUUCCAAAGGUGUAAGCUACCUUCAACGGACAUCGUAGGUUGGAUCCAUUCAUCGGCCUCAGUUUCUAGCAUACCUUGUAAUUUUAGUUUAUUUCAGGUCCAAUUAGUCUCAUAAUUAUUUCAUUACUCAAAUAUUUAUGGUUUUUUUCUUUACCCAUAUCAUAGCUGGUUGCUCUUUAGUCCCACCUGUUCUUCCUUCCUUCCUAUAAUGUUACACCCCUCCCCUAAUCUUGUUUGCUUGAUGCUUAUAGACAUUGAGGGAAUUAUUUUAGUACCAUUUUUCGAAAUGGGGGAGCUUUGUUUCGUAAAAC